GAAACUCAGAUUCAAAACUCCACGUCACGAGAGACGAAGAAAGACUUCGCCUCCAAGUCAAAAACACACCAUCCUUUCUGACCAGCCGGGUAACCAACGAAAAUACAUUUUCGACUCUGACUCGCAAACUUGUCUCCAUGACGAUUUUGAUUAUGAACGUAGCACAAGCAUCCAAAGACACGAAUAUGAGCAUAGGGCGGAGGCCGGUUAUAUAAGAUUUCAUAAGGAGUCUUACCAGACAGAACAGGAGUUGGAGUACGAUUUAUCAAAUAGCCUGCA